CCUCUCUAUUUUGGACGCUCAGAGGGGGCAGGGUGACUCUCGGUGGGUCGACCUCCUCCUCCCUGCUCACUCUAUCCAGCAUUUAAUCAUUAAAAAAAUCAAAACAAAAAAUCUCCAAAACCUUGACUUAACAAUUUCUCGGACACAAAUUGGAGACCUCGAGAAGAACUUUGGAACUACAGCGGAGCUCUCGUCGCCAAUGGGCAGCCAAGCCAAUGGCAGGGAGGCCGCGCCCCCGCCUCGCCCCAGUGAGAGGACGUUCCUGGAUGAAGUGAUUUUGACCUUCACUUCCCCGAUGGCCUGGCUGCUGGUUGUGGCCCUGGUCAUCACGUGGUCCGGAGUGGCCAUUGUUUUGUUCGACCUGCUCGAUUACAAGACCCUCGCAGACUACACAUCAUACUGUGACGACCCCGUGUGUUUAUCUCCUGGUCUCCCUCCUCCUCCUGCUAUCGGCAAGAGAAUUCUAAGGGCUAGAGGCGUUCGUCCAAUGAAAUCAAGCCCCGCUGAAGUCCCGCCUCAGGAGAGCGCUGACUGGCUGGAAAUGAUCUGGGCGUUUGCGGCCAGUUUGGUAGCCCCCGAUGAGGAGGAGGAGGAAGGUAUUCACCAGCUAACUGAAACCCUCACAUCUUUCCACUCGGAGGAGCUCUGAAGGAGAGGAGGUGGAGGGAGGAUAAGAACCGAGAAGAAUCAAAGAGCUGGAGAGAGAGAGAAAUGGAAGAGAG